UGGGCGCUCGGCGGGGCCGCUCUAGCCCGCAGCGGCGACCAGACUCUGUUUCCCCCGCCCACGGCCGGCAUGGGCGGGGCGGGCGCCUCCUUCCUGUUUCCGCUCGUCCGACCGGCGCCUCCAGGGCCGCGGGACCUCGGCGCCACCCUCCCGUCGCUCGACAAGCCCGGAGGGUGCCCGAGGCCGCGCUGGUGUUCCCCCCCAAACCACCCCCCCCACGCCGCCGCCGCUGCUGCAGGGUUUUCCCAAUAGAAAAACAGAAAAAUGUUCGACGUUAAGGCCUGGGCUGAAUACAUUGUGGAGUGGGCUGCAAAGGACCCAUAUGGCUUUCUUACUACAGUGAUCUUGGCCCUUACACCGUUAUUCGUAAUCAGUGCAGCACUUUCAUGGAAGCUUGCAAAAAUGAUUGAGGCCAGGGAGCGCGAGCAAAAGAAGAAACAGAAACGCCAAGAAAAUAUUGCAAAAGCCAAACGAACAAAGAAGGAUUAAAUGGGCAAAGCCAGGCCUUCCUUCUUGACAGAAUCCACUUUUUAAAUGCAACACUUGUACGUUUUAUGUUGUAACUGUCCUUCGAUACUUGAUCCUUUUAUUUCUUUAAGUAUGAAAUCCUUUUAAUGUAUUUUUCUGCUGAGAUGAUUUGUGUUAAAGUUUGCCCAAGUGACUCUUAUAACAAAAGUCAUUUAAUCUACUACUUGUGUUCUAAGUGCAGGUUGCUUUUCUAAAUUUGGAUGUUAAAUUAAAAAAUCUGUUGAGUGGCUCUGGAGCUAGAUUAUUCUUUUUAAUUAGCUGAGUUAUGACUUAGCAAGUGUCUUAAAAUUUUCAAAUUAUGGGGAAAAUGUGAAUGGUAAACUGGAUUACAGGAAGGCAAGUUUUGGUAUACCUUCAACAGAGCUGUAGAGAUACGUUAGCUUUGGAGUUGGGUAGCAUACCUUACUGAUUUCCUUUAAGGACGCUGCAUAUGGCCCUGUGGUUCAUUCAGCUGUGUGCCCACAGGGGCUGCCGUAGUGUCUGUGGGAGUGGGGCUUGUCUGCAAAAAGAACCUACUGUAGCUUUUUCUAUUUCUUGAACUAUCAGCCAUCAGGAGCAUUUAAAUUCAGCCCAAACUCUAGGAAAACGAUUGCUUGUUCUUACUACCUUCAUUUGUCUUGGACCACUCGUGUUCUCCAAAAGACACUACCCCGUGGUUUGGCUUUCCGUAACGAACACCCCACCCGUAACUAAUUUGUUUCUGCCUUUAGAAACUUUUCAUGCCUCAAAGAACAGCCAUAAAUGGGGUGAGACCAAAGGCCUGGUGUUCUGUGUCCUGGUGACCGGCAGCAGGUGGCUGUGGAAGAGUCCAGGAAGAGGAUGCACACACUGGGGAUGGUAGUUCUUCCUACUUGCUAACCUUCUGGCUAUCUUUGAUUUAGGACCUCCUGACCUUAGGUGGGAUAUCUGUUCUCAUGGCCGUUGAAAUUCUGCCACCUUCCUGGUUGCAAAAUGCUGGCAUACUGGAAGAAGGCCAGGUGGGGUUUGUGUUGUAAAUAUACCACGAUUAUUUAACCUUAAUUCCAAUGAAUGUUUUUCUAACAGAAACGAUGAAUUUUUCAAAGCCUAAUUUUUAUUAAUAGUCUAGUUCUAAAGAGCUUGUGCCAGUCAUUAAGUUUUUAGACUUAUCGUAUUUCUAAACAGCAGCCCAGAGUUGUGCUUCCUAGAAACUAGUCCUUCAUGAUGUUUAAAAGUAAAACCCUGAAAUAAUACCAUUGUUCAAACGAGGAGACAUAGAACUGCCUGACACCAAGGAGGAUUAUAAGUGGGGAAGACUUUAAAGUAAAUGUGAAGUAUCAUUGAUUCCCUUUCAAUUUUGUUGGUCAAAGCAAGCUUUAUUAGAAUAUGAUAUUUUGGCAUUUUAUAAAUAUAUGGCAUUAAGUCUCCACGUUUUGUAUCAAGUGCUGUCAAAUGUGUACAUGUUCCACCUUUGAUACCUACAUAGCUUAAAACACAUGAAUGAAAUGAAUUACAACACUUGAUGAAGGAUGCGCUGCAUAAAUAAAUUUGAUACUUUUUUUCAAAAAA